AUGAACCAUUUCUAUGUGAACAAUGAAAUUAACAAGAGAAUAAUUGAGAAAACAAAAGAAUCAAAUCAGCUACCUAAUUUUCUGAGGCUUGAAGCCGAAGAUGAUCGAUUUACCUUGAACGGAAAAAAAGUUGUUCUUGCGGGAGGAGAUCGAGUUUUUGGAAUAGGGUUUGAUGGGAAGAUUAGGUUUUGGAAUGGAGAGAUUUGGACUAGAAUCAAAGAUCAGAUUGGUGAAUUCUCUGAUAUUAUUGUUCUCAAAGAGCUAAUUUACGUGUUGGAUACGAAAGGCAUUGUUUGGUGGAUUAGUAUCGUUAGGUAUGGAACUUCACUUACUAAUGAAUGUGGUGGAGACUUAAGCUUGGUUGCAUGUUGUGGAGAGCUUUAUAUUGUUGAUCGUCUUUUUAAAGAGAAUGUCUUGAAAAGAAAAGCUGAUUACUUGGACUUGGAUGAUAAUGUUUAUGUUGGUGUAGCUCCUCGGAUUUCUAAUGUGAUACAUGACGAUUUUGGGAAUGAAAAAUGCAAUGUGGACCAAGAGGUGGAAAUAGAAUGUCCCAAAAUGGUUGGUUUCAAUGUUUAUAAGGUUGAUGAGGAAUUAGGGAAGUGGGUUGAAGUUAAGUCCUUGAGAGAUAGUGCGGUUGUGAUGGCGACUGAUACUUGUUUCUCGGUUAUGGCUCAUGAGUACUAUUGA